AUGGACUUGCCGGUUUCAGACUAUGACGAUGAGUCAUCGUCGUCUUCUGAGUCCACUGGGAAGCUACAGGAUCUGCGACUGGAAGAGCCAAUGCCAGACCAAGAUCUUGGGUCUGAGAGAGAUUAUGAAGAUAGCAUCAAAGAGCAGGAGGUCAAGACUAAGGUGACCAUGGCUGCGUCAAUGGUUCUUUCGAAACUACCCUCCAAAACAAACGAUUUGGUGGCAAAUUUGUCAAAACCAAAGAAAGAUAAAGUUACAAUACGAUUUCAGCCAAUUGGCUCGGUUCCCCAUAUAUCGCCAAAAGUAUUCAAAAUCUCAUCAUCGCAACCGUUCUCAACUCUUAUUCGCUUCCUAGAGAAGCGGAUACGGCAAAGGCAAACAGAAGAUGCCAAAGUCAAUGCCCUUACUGGAGGAACGCUGUUCUGCUAUAUCCACAAUUCGAUAGCGCCUUCCCCGGAUGAAAUGAUAGGCAAUUUAUUCACGAACUUCAAUGUCAACAACGAACUCAUGGUGUCUUACUGCAAUACGGUGGCUUUUGGCUAA